AUGGAGAAAGAGGAUAAGAAAAUAAUAUACGCGAAUUACUUGGAAGCAUUAGUGAAGAGGAGAUUGUCGAUUAGAAGGCGACGAUCGUUGGAAAUCAAGAAAGGUGGUGUACAUCGUGAUGAGAAGUUGUUAGAAUUAAAGAAUGAGUGGGAUCGCAUAGAUGUAUUAUGGAAGAAGGCUGUAGAAACAGGAAAUACACCUGGUACUGUUGUGAAUCAAACUGAGAGUAAUGUCGCACAGCAUGGAGGUGCGACGGGGAAUGAAGAUGAGAGUGCAGGUAGAUCUGCUAGUGUUGGUACCUCACAAUGCGGAGGUGCGGCAGGAGGUGUGGAUACUUCUAUCCCCAUUAAUGAAGAUGAUGAGAGAGCAACUACCUCCCAUGACGUGUCUGACAGUAAUGUCGCACACAAUAGUGGAGGUGAAGAUGAGAGACCAGAAAUUAUUACAUACAUCCAGAAUUUUAGAGGUAGACAUACAGUGAGGAAAUAUAGUGUUCCUUCAACUUACAACAGGGAGUUAAGAAUGUAUUUACAUGCUUAUAGGAUUAUUUUACAGAUCAGAUGCGAGAUAUGUAUGAUAGAUCACCUCUAG